CUCCCCUAAAUCCAGCCAGCGGAUGUAAACUUCCUCAUUUGUCUCUACCAAUGCAAAGAGGCUUAAAAGCAACCUUCCUUGAUGCACCUCGGCAUAGAUUCAUUUCGAGCGGCUCAUUCCCAGGUGGAAAGCUACAAAGGCCGCGGUCACCCGUCCGGUUCCCCGAGUGGAAAAUUUUUAACUACCAAACAGUUUUAAUUUCUUCUAAUGGCCCCAAAGAAAAGGUACACGUAUGAGGACUGCAAGCGGACAGCAGACUGGCUCCUGUCGAACACCAAGCACAGGCCCCGGGUGGCCAUCAUCUGUGGCUCUGGCCUGGGAGGGCUGGCUGACCUCUUGAAGGACCAGGUCGCUUUUGAAUAUUCCAAGAUCCCCAACUUUCCUCAGAGCACAGUUGUAGGCCAUGCUGGGAGGUUGGUGUUUGGCAACCUCAGCGGGACGCCGAGCGUGGUCAUGCAGGGCCGCUUCCACAUGUAUGAAGGCUACCCACUUUGGAAGGUGACCUUUCCGGUCCGAAUCUUUCACCUUCUUGGCGUGGAGACGCUCAUCGUCACCAACGCCGCCGGAGGACUGAACCCUGAAUACAAAGUGGGGGACAUCAUGAUUAUCCGGGACCAUAUCAACAUGCCUGGCUUUGCUGGGCAAAACCCCCUGGUGGGGCCCAAUGAUGACAGGUUUGGGGCACGUUUCCCACCCAUGUCCGACGCCUACAGCCAAGACCUGAGGAAACUGGCGCACGCGGUGGCCUCCGAGAUGGGCUGCAGCGGGUGCGUGCGGGAAGGCGUCUACGUGGCCUUGGGAGGCCCCAGCUACGAGACGAUCGCUGAGUGCCGCUUCCUUCAGCACCUGGGCGCCGAUGCCGUAGGCAUGAGCACGGUGCCGGAAGUCAUCGUGGCCCGCCACUGUGGCAUGGGCAUCUUCGGGUUCUCCCUCAUCACUAACAAGGCCGUCUUGGACUACGAGAGCAAGGAGACCGCCAACCAUGCCGAGGUGCUGGAGGCGAGCCGCCAGAGCGCCCGCACCCUCGAGAAACUGGUCUCCCUCAUGGUGCAGCGCAUUGAGCGGAACAACAAUCUGGCAUAACAUACGGGGUGCAGCCCAGCUCCCUUGCCAUCAGCUUCUUAAAAAGAGGGACCGGCCAUCGCCUUAGGGUGAAGGAUCCCUCGUGCAUGCCCGGGC